UGUCGGCAUCUGAGUGCUGUGGCACCACUUGAACAAUGGAGAACAGAGGCCAGGAGCCGUAGGUGGGGAUGGAGACUCAGCCAGGGCUGCUUCUGCCAAUCGUGGUCUUGCUGCAGUUGUGGGGGACACAGGGCUACAAUCCAGAGACCUGCGGGAAACGGCCCUUGGCGCCCAAGCAUGGCCGAAAUGUGCGGAUUGUGGGUGGCAUCGAUGCCAUGCCGGGCACAUGGCCGUGGCUUGUCAGCAUCCAGAUCCCCUCUUCCAACGGACCUCGGCACUCGUGUGGGGGGUCCCUCCUGACCGAGCAUUGGGUCCUCACCGCGGCUCAUUGCUUCAAGACCAAGAAGAGCUCGUUGCAUCUUUGGCGGAUCGUGGUGGGCGCCACCGAUCUUUCUGAGUUGCCAGACGAUGUGCAGAUACACACUGUGAGCAAAGUCGUGCUCCAUCAAGACUAUAAUCCUCUCACGGAGGAAAAUGACAUUGCGCUGAUAGAGCUGGACAGCCCGGUGGCCUUCAACGACUACGUGCAGCCAGCCUGCUUGCCUCGGGUCACGAUGGACUCUAAGACCAACUUCACAAGUUGCUUUGCCACGGGCUGGGGAAUCACCGCUGAAAACAGUGUGAAGACCUCUGAUGUUUUGCAGGAAGCCAAACUGAAUAUCUUGGACACCCAGAAAUGCAACAGCAGUGAUUGGUAUAACGGGGCAAUGAGUCCUAACACCUUGUGCGCUGGUUAUGAGGAAGGAGGGCUCGACACCUGCCAGGGGGACAGCGGGGGCCCAUUGAUGUGCAGGACUUCCCCCGCCUCUCUGUUCUACAUUUUGGGGGUCACCAGCUGGGGCAAGGGCUGCGGGGAGGCGAACAGCCCGGGAAUCUACACGUCUGUUCGGCACUUCCUGGAGUGGAUCCUGGGAGAAAUGAUUGAAAUCGACGAAGGGACCACCUCAGAAGAGGACCAUCCCCCAAAGCACAGGCCAAAGAGCUCUGUGACCCUCCUCCCCACCAGAACGGUGGCUUCACCCCCCGUAGAAGACCUGGAAGAAAACUCCAUGGACAGCUCUGCAGAACCCUUCAUCGCGUCCAACGAGGGCGAGGAGGAUGACCGAGAGGAGGCCACUCUGAGGGCCCCGUUGAGAGAAACAGAGGCCACGAUUGCCCUGCAAGACCCCUUCGUUCCCUCAGGGUUUUUACCUCCGUCUCUAGAACCUCCGUACAUCCCUCUGGAGCAGCUGGUCACCUUGGAGCCCCCCUUCUACCCCAAAGAAUUACCUCCGACAGCCUUGCCCCUCCCGUACAUCCCUCGAGAAAUCCCCCCGACGCCUCUGAAGUCUCCGUUCAUUCCUCCGGAAGUCAAGAUCAGCGUGGAGCCUCCCUACAUUCCCGAACAGGAGCCAUAUCUCACUCCAGAGCCCCCUGUUCUCCCCACGCAGCCCAAGUAUGUCUCCUCCCUGUCAGCUGAUAAGUCAAGGUCCCAUCUCUUUUUAUUUGGGGGGUCCUCUUCUGGAAGAGCUCUAGAACCCCCACGUAUUCCCUCAAAGAUAUCCCGCUCUAUUGAGGACCCCUACACUCCUCUAGACCCCCCUUACACUCCUCCAGAGCCCCCCCAAGCUCCCCCAGAGCCCCCCCACACUCCUCUAGAUUCCCCACGGGCUCCUCCGGACCCCCCCUACACUCCUCCACACCUUCGGUUUAUCCCCCCAGUGGCAACCGUCCCUCUGGAGAGGCCCUACAUUCCUCCCGAGACACGUCACCGCAUCGAGCGCCCUUAUACACCUUCGGGAGACCUAUACAUCCCCCCAGAGUCCCCCUUUGUUCCUCCAGAGAGCCCCAGAUUAUUGCAGCACCCCUACACCCCCCAGCAGCCCCCCAUCACUCCUCUACAGCCCCCCUUCAUUCCCAGAGAGGAAACUGCUCUCCUGGAGCAACCUUAUCUUCCCCCAGCAAGACCUCCCCACCUGAGGCCUCCUCGUGUUCCUCCGGAGCCCCCCCUGGCUCCCACAUGGCUUCCACACAACUCUGGGGAAAGAGAAGCAUCUCUGGAGCACUUGGACGUUCCUCCAGAGAAGGUCCGCCUUCUGGAGCCCUUCUACGCCCACCAAAGGAAAACUCGCUCCCUGGAGUCCUCAGAGUCGCCCGAGAGGGAUGUCCCUCCGCAGCUCUCAGCUGGUCCUCCAGCUGACCCACCAACGCAGGAUGUGCCUGUGGACCUGAAGGCCCCAUCUCUCACCCCAGGGACUCUUGAGCACCAGCAGCGUUCGUCGCAACCCCAGAGGAUCCUCAUUGGCGCCACGGACAUUUCCAAUUUGCUGGACACGGUGCAGUUGCGUUCCGUGUCCCGCAUCGUCCCCUACCAGGAUUACAAUCCACAGAGCAAGGUCAACAAUAUUGCGCUGGUAGAACUCAGCAGUCCGGUGACUUUUGACGACUAUGUUCAACCCGCUUGCUUGCCGCACAGCCCCAUGGACUCCGAAGCCUUGUUCUCAGAGUGCUACGUCAGUGGCUGGCGCACCACCACCCAGAAGGGCAGGAAGACCUCUGCUAUCUUGCAGGAAGCCAGAGUGAAGAUUCUGGAGACCAGCAAAUGCAACAGCAGCUGGUGGUACAAUGGGGCCAUGAGCCCUCACACCUUGUGCGCUCGAUAUGAAGAUGGAGGCAUUGACACCUGCCAAGGGGACAGUGGGGGGCCCUUAAUGUGCAAGACCUCCCCCACCUCUCCCUUCUACGUGGUUGGGAUCACCAGCUGGGGCAAGGGCUGCGGCGUGGGAACCAACCCAGAAAUCUACACUUCCACGCAGCCCUUCCUUGAAUGGAUCUAUGGGGAAGUGGCGAAGAUGGAAGGGGUGCCUCUCCAAGAGAAGAGACCCUCGAACAGAGCUUGGGCUAAACACGCGACAAUGUUCCCAGCUUUCAAGAUUGCCUUGACACAGUUCCCCGAGAAAUAUUUGACGGAGGACCUGAUCUACUUUCCUACGACUGAGCUUCCAGAAGCAGACCAGGUCCCUUUGCCCAAAGAAUCCCCUCCAGCACCCCCUGACACCACUUAUGAGAUAGGCAGAGUGCUUCUGCCCAUAGAUGUCUCUUCAUCAUCCCCUCUGAAUCCAGAAAUGGUGGCCGUGCAUCUUACUAGAUAUUCACCUAGCAGAACGUGA